CACAACAUUUAUAUUUACGUUUCGUACGAGAACGGUCGGUUCACAUUAGGUGUAUCGUUAUUUGUUUCCCAACUUAUAGCUAACAGAUAAUAAUAAUAUUAUCAUGUGAUAAAAGAUAACAGUAAAGUGCGAUAUAAUAUGGUAUAUUAGUGUUCGAGACAGUAUUAUUUAUUUUAUAAUUUGUGAACAGCAGAGUGGCAAAAUGAAUACAAUCAGAAGAUCAGUGAUUAACAUUGUCGUCGUAAACCAGCGAUGUUUAAGUUUCAGAUUUACAUCUACAAACACAAUCAAAGAUUCGGAGGAAGGUAAUAAUGUUAAAAGUUGGAAGGAAAUUCCUGGCCCAUCUACUCUGCCCAUUAUUGGACAACUACAUAAUUUUUUGCCUGGAGGUUCAUUGUACGGGAGAUUUGAUGAAAAGCUACCGGGUUAUUUAUACGAAACUUAUGGGCCAAUUGUGCGAUUGGAGGGAAAUUUUGGUUCACCACCAAUGAUAUUUCUAUAUGAUGCUGAACCAGCAAUGCAUAUAUUUCGCAAUGAAAAUAUUCUACCACUACGCCCUGGGUUCCAGUCUCUUGAAUAUUUUAGAAAAACGUACAAUAAAAAAAGUGAUGCCGUUGAAUCAACUGGCUUGUUGACGGAACAUGAAGAGGCUUGGAAAAAAUUUCGAUCUGCAGUUAAUCCUGUAAUGCUUCAACCAAAAACUAUUAAAUUAUAUACAGGUAUUCUAGCAGAAGUGGCGGAUGAUAUGAUUUCAAGGAUGAAGAAUUUAAGAAAUAAAGAUAACAUAAUUGAAAGCGAAUUGAAUAUGGAAAUGAAUCUCUGGUCACUAGAGUCUAUCGGUCUUGUAGCAUUAGGCAGACGUCUAAAUUGCUUUGAUCCAAAUCUACCAGAAGAUUCUCCAGUUAAAGAACUUAUUAAAGUUGUUCAUGAAAUAUUUUAUUGUAUGUACAAAUUGGAUUUCCAACCAAGUUUGUGGAGAUAUUUUUCAACCCCUGCUUUCAAAAGAGCUAUGAAACACUAUGAAGAUCAGAUCAGGCUCAGUGAAUAUUUCAUAGAAAUGGCUAUCAAAGAACUAAAAGAAGAGAAAAAAUAUCAGAAUGGAGAAAAGGGGAUUCUAGAAAAAUUACUAGAAAUCGAUCAAAAGGUCGCAGUUAUUAUGGCGAGUGAUAUGCUGUUGGCUGGAGUCGAUACGACUGCCACUACUAUAAUAGCAUUAUUGUAUCUUUUGGCAAACAACCCCGAAAAGCAGAAAAAAUUAAGGAAUGAGAUAAUGACAGCGAAAGAUAAACGACCGUACCUUAGAGCUUGUAUAAAAGAAUCCUUGAGAUUAUUGCCUGUAGUUGGGGGAAACUUCAGACAAACCACUAAGGACUAUGACGUCCUUGGAUACAGAAUACCAAAAAAGAUGUUCGUCGUAGUUGCUAACCAGUACAUGUCUCAAAUGGAAAAAUAUUACCCCAAACCUCACGAGUUCAUUCCUGAGAGAUGGAUUGUGGAUAAAAACGAUCCGCUGUAUUAUGGAAAUACACACCCGUUCGUCCACACGCCUUUUGGAUACGGAGUACGGAGUUGUAUAGGGCGUCGUAUUGCUGAGUUGGAGAUUGAAACUUUCGCGGCUAAGCUUAUACAAAACUUCGAUGUCCGGUGGUUUGGUCCACCGAUAAAAGUUCGUGCAACUACCCUUAACUAUUUUGUCGGACCCUAUAAUUUCAUUUUUAAUAACGUGUAGCGAAUUAGUAAAAAAAAUAUAUAUAUAUUUUUUAGUUACACUUGUAUAACAUUAAUAAAUUGUACCUACUAAAAAGA